AUGGUCACUACGCGCUCAACGGAAUCCUCGACAUCCUCGUCAACGACCCCGGAGCCUGUUGGCGUCCCACCCGUCCGGCGGCUGAGCGAGCCCCAGGUAGCCGAAAAGGAGCAGACAUCGGUUGUUGCCGAUGAGCAGGCCGAUAUGCCGGCUGGUGUGGUCGGCGACAUCAUCAAGUCGAUCUGGGAGCCUGGAGCGAACGCUACCGUCGUCAUUGCCAUGAACGUCUCGUUCUUCUUCCUCAUCAUGGUUCUGGUGGGUCUCGGCGCCAUGACAAAUUGGAUGAAGGAGGUUGUCUUCCUCCUGGCUACUAGCGUUCUCCUCUGGGGAGCUAUGAUGCACAAGAUCCAGAGCAAUCCAGAGAAUAUGCCGAUCAAGGAUCCCUUGCUCGAUACGUCAGACGCUCCUCAGUCGGAAACCAAGAAGGAUAAGUAG